CCCAACAUUAGACCAGAACCGCAUCUCCUAAAGUCGUAGUACAACUACAUCCGUCGCCCGUCAGCCGCAUCUCGUUCUGGUCAAUCGGCUCCUCCUUCGCCGCAUCUCGUCAAUCGGCUCCUCCUUCGCCGGAAUCGUCUAUCGUUCUCGCCUUAUCGUUGUCGCCGGCUCGUUCUCGCCGUCGCCGGAAUCCUUUUCUCCUGCGGAUUGCUGCUGACGGAAAUGGAAAAACAGGGAGAAGAGGUCCCGUCUUCUGUCUUUAGAUUCCAGUUCCGGUCCGGUCCAGUUUUGGACCUGUGCACACCCUACUGAAAAUCAUUUCCUUCCGGUCACAAAGAUGAACUAAAAAUCCGCAGUAUUUCUGGUCAUAGUAAGUGAAAACGUUUUCGGAGAACAUUUGAUUUAUUGCAUUGGCGCCAGAGAACAUCACAAUGGCCUGUAGAGCUCAACUGUGCAUACCAAAUGGCAUCUGGUUCCUAUCAUCUUCGUCCCCAAAGUCUUCUCCUUUCUCAAAUUCCCUCAAUUCCCAGAAGGAGUAUUUCAGGUAUCGAUUUUUCAUCCGUCAGAACUAUCAGCGAUAUGGAGGCGCUCUGUAUUGUUGUACUUCUAGCGGCAGUGAUGGCGGCGGAAGUUCGGAUGCUAUUGUUCUCACGACUCCGCUUUAUUACGUGAAUGCCCCUCCUCACAUGGGCAGUGCUUACACUACAAUCGCAGCUGACGCGAUUGCCCGUUUUCAGAGGCUUCUGGGGAAGAAGGUAAUCUUCAUUACAGGCACUGACGAACAUGGCGAGAAAAUUGCUUCUGCUUCGGCUGCUCGUGGUUGGACUCCGAGCGAACACUGUGAUUUUGUUUCACAGUCUUACAAGGCUCUCUGGAAAGAUCUAGAAAUCAGUUAUGACAAGUUUAUUCGAACAACUGAUCCAAAGCAUGAAGCUGUAGUUAAGGAAUUUUACACAAUGGUUUUUGCCAAGGGCGACAUUUACAAAGCUGAUUACGAGGGAAUUUAUUGUGUCAAUUGUGAAGAGUACAAGGAUGAGAAAGAAUUGCUAGAAAAUGACUGCUGCCCAGUGCACUUGAAUCCAUGUGUUAGAAGAAAAGAAGAUAAUUACUUCUUUGCUCUGUCAAAGUAUAAAAAACAAUUGGAGGAAAAAUUACAGGAAAACCCUGAUUUUGUGCAGCCAGCUUCCCGACUAAAUGAGGUUCGAGGUUGGAUUAAAAGUGGUCUCAAAGAUUUUUCCAUCUCACGAGCAUCAGUAGCUUGGGGUAUUGCAGUUCCUAAUGAUCCUAAGCAGACCAUUUAUGUAUGGUUUGAUGCUUUGUUGGGGUACUUAUCUGCUCUUUUGGAUGAUGAGGAUACACCUAAUUUACAUCAUGCUAUUUCAUCAAAGUGGCCUGCAUCAUUACAUAUAAUUGGCAAGGAUAUAUUGCGCUUCCAUGCAGUAUAUUGGCCAGCUAUGCUGAUGUCAGCUGGGUUUGAUCUCCCUAAGAUGGUAUUUGGCCAUGGCUUCUUGACAAAGGACGGGAUGAAGAUGGGCAAAUCACUAGGCAAUGUACUUCAACCGACUGAUCUGGUUAAUAGGUUUGGAUCUGAUGCAGUCCGGUAUUUUUUCAUCAGGGAGAUGGAAUUUGGUAAUGAUGGGGACUACUCAGAGGAGCGCUUCAUCAACAUUAUUAAUGCAAAUCUUGCCAAUACAGUUGGAAAUCUUCUAAGUCGUGCACUUGGACUACUGAAGAAGAACUGCCAUUCUACAUUGCCAGUUGAUUCAAUUGUUGCUGCCGAAGGGAAUUCAUUGAAGGACACUGUUGUAAAACUGGUUGAGAAGACACGUAGCCAUUAUGAGAAACUUGCACUAUCAUUGGCCUGUGAGGCAGUGAUAGAGAUAGGUAAUGCAGGGAAUUCAUAUAUUGAUAAACAAUCACCAUGGGUACUUUUCAAGAAAGGCGGUGCAGAUUUGGAAACUGCAGCCAAGGAUCUUGUGAUUGUAUUGGAAGCUGUGAGAAUCAUAGCAGUGGCUUUAUCUCCUGUUACACCAAGUUUAAGCUUGAGGAUUUAUACCCAACUCGGCUACACCAAAGACCAGUUCAAUGCUAUCACAUGGAGUCAUACCGCUUGGGGCGGGUUGAAGGAGGGCCAGGUUAUGGCUGAACCACAACCGGUUUUUGCAAGGAUUGAAGAUCAAAGCGAGGAAGAUGGUGGCAGUCAAGCAACUAAGAAAGCUAGCAACAAGAAGGAAAAGAUUCUUAAGACUAAAAAUGUGGCAGAAGCAUAAGGGAUUGUUUGGUUGGUUCUUCUUUGUAAGAUCAUCAUUUUCCGAAGCAUAUUGCAGCCAUUGUGCCCGGAGCGUUUGAAUCGUUGAGAUUAGCACACAAAAAUUGGGCCGACACAAUGUGCGCGGGGCUUGGUUUUCUUCGCCGGGCACAGGACAUGAGCAUGAAAAAACAUGGCAAACCACUGUAAUUGAAGAUUUUACUGGUCUUUUUAGCAAUUUUGGUUGAUAAAAAAGUGCAGGGUAAAUUAAAUAGCUACCAUGUUUCUUAGUGAUGAAGUUAUAAGUUAGGUACUUUGUUUUUUUAAAUUUAUUUCCCGGUGACCUAAUUGAUAACUAACAACCAAAGAUCACAAUGAGAAUUACAUUGGGGCCAUUCAAGGUAGUUGGUGACAUACUGAGGAU